AUGCCACCAACGCAAGCGCGCACCUCUCGCCGCGCGGCGCUGAGCGUCUCCACAGCGGGGGCAGCAGCAGGCGACAAGGCCAUGUUCAAGGCUGGGACGGAAACAGGAGUAACGGUCAGGCCAAAGCGGCUGUCUCGACCUCGGAAGGCGGCGGCGGCAGCGGGCAAAACGGCAGCGGCGGCAACGGGGCGAAGCUUGUCCUCAUCAUCGCCGCUUGCGCCCGCUUCACGGUCGCUCGAAGAGGAACAGGGUGGCGACCAGGCGGGCGACGAUGAUGCUGCGGAGAUGAGGUCGAGGCUCACCACGAUGCAGGACCGGUUCGGAGCCCAGCUUCACUUCCUUGUAGCCGAGUUCACCAAGCUGGAAGCACAGCUGUCGCUGGAGUGCACGGGGUCUACUACAGCCGCCGUCGGCGAUGAGAGCAGCCCGCAGCAGCAGCUUGGCCGCUUGCGAUUCUUCAUCGAGCACGUCAAGAGGACCACGGACCGGAUGGACCAGGCCAGGAGAGGCCUGCACCACUACACGUCGCAGCAGCUCGACAUGCUCGAGUGCCAAAUUUACGCGAGCAACGUGCGGUGCUCUAGUUAA